AUGGAGGAGCAGAGACCAGACUCUCCUGAACCCAGCUGUGUGUCCAUGAAGAGUGACCGGUCUAAUGAUCGCUUUCUCAUGUUCAAACAAUCAGCAGAUGGAAGAGUUCAGAUGGAAACACCAGAGUUCUUCAAUGACCAGUCCAAGCAGCAUAAAACACACCUGGACAGAACUCCUGCUUCAGUAUGUCAACAUAAACUCAAGUCUAACCUGAAGGAGAAGUUCCAGUGUAUGUUUGAGGGGAUCGCUAAAGCAGGAAACCCAACCCUUCUGAAUCAGAUCUACACAGAGCUCCACAUCCCCGAGGGAGGGACCGGAGGGGUCAACAAUGAACACGAGGUCAGACAGAUUGAAACUACAUCCAGGGUUAUUGUAAGACAGGAAACAACCAUCAGACAGGAAGACAUCUUUAAAGCUCUACCUGGGAGAGAUGAACCAAUCAGAACAGUGAUGACGAAGGGCGUGGCUGGCACUGGGAAAACAGUCUUAACACAGAAAUUCACUCUGGACUGGGCCGAAGGCAAAUGCAACCAGGACAUCCAGUUCACAUUUCCAUUCACAUUCAGAGAGCUGAAUGUGCUGAAAGAGAAAAGGUUGAGCUUGGUGGAGCUCAUUCAUCACUUCUUCCCUGAAACCAAAGAAGCAGGACUCUGCAGGUUUAAAGACUUCCAUGUAGUGUUCAUCUUUGAUGGUCUUGAUGAGUGUCGACUUCCUCUGGACUUCCACAACAAUAAGAUCCUAAAUGAUGUCACAAAGUCCACCUCAGUGGAUGUGCUGCUGACAAACCUCAUCAGGGCGAACCUGCUUCCAUCUGCUCAGCUCUGGAUAACCACAUGGCCUGCAGCAGCCAAUCAGAUCCCUCCUUGGUGUAUUGACAUGGUGACAGAGGUCAAAGGGUUCACUGACCCUCAGAAGGAGGAGUACUUCAGGAAGAGAUUCAAAGAUGAUGAGCAGGCCAACAGAAUCGUCUCCCACAUCAAGUCAUCCCAAAGCCUCCACAUCAUGUGCCACAUCCCAAUUUUCUGCUGGAUCACUGCUACAGUUCUGGAGGAUGUGCUGAAGACUAUAGAGGAGGGAGUGCUCCCAAAGACCCUGACUGAGAUGUUCAUCCAAUUCCUGGUGGUCCAGUGCAAAGUGAAGAGAAUCAAGUAUAAUGGAGGAGCUGAGACUGGUCCACACUGGAAUCCAGAGAACAAGAAGAUGAUUAAGUCUCUGGGAAAAAUGGCUUUUGAGCAGCUGCAGAAAGGAAACCUGAUCUUCUAUGAACCAGACCUGAAAGAGUGUGGCAUCGAUAUCAGAGCAGCCUCGGUGCACUCAGGAGUGUUCACACAGAUUUUUAGAGAGGAGACAGGACUGUUCCAGGACAAGGUGUUCUGCUUCGUCCAUCUGAGUGUUCACGAGUUUCUGGCUGCUCUUCAUGUCCAUCUGACGUUUACCAACUCUGGAGUCAACCUGAUGGCAGAAGAAUAAACACCAUCCAGGAUGUCCAAAAUCUUAAGAACCAAGCCUAAGCUGAGACAUCUCCAUCAUAGUGCUGUGGACCAGGCCUUAGAGAGUCCAAAUGGACACCUGGACUUGUUUCUCCGCUUCCUCCUGGGUCUGUCACUGACCACCAGUCAGAAUCUCCUACGAGGUCUGCUGACACAAACAGGAAGUGACUCAAAGAUCAGUCAGGAAACAGUCCAGUACAUCAAGACAAAAAUCAAUAGGAAUCUGUCUGCAGAGAAAAGCAUCAAUCUUUUCCACUGUCUGAAUGAACUGAAUGAUCGUUCUCUGGUGGAGGAGAUCAACAGUCCCUGAGAUCAGGACGUCUCCCCACAGAAAAACUGUCUCCUGCUCAGUGGUCAGCUUUGGUCUUCAUCUUACUGUCACCAGAAAAAGAUCUGGACGUGUUUGACCUGAAGAAAUACUGUGCUUCAGAGGAGGCUCUACUGAGGCUGCUGCCAGUGGUCAAAGCCUCCAACAAAGCUCUACUGAGUGGCUGCAACCUCUCAGAGAGAAGCUGUGGAGCUCUGUCCUCAGUCCUCAGCUCCAAGUCCUCCAGUCUCAGAGUGCUAGACCUGAGUUACAACGACCUGCAGGAUUCAGAAAUAGAGCGACUUUGUCUUGGACUUCAGGAUCCACUAUUUAUGCUGGAAACUCUCAGGCUGAGUGGCUGCAACCUCUCAGAGAGAAGCUGUGGAGCUCUGUCCACAGUCCUCAACUCCCAGUCCUCCAGUCUCAGAGUGCUGGACCUGAGUUAGAACAACCUGCAGGAUUCAGGAGUGGCAGUGCUGUCUUCUGGACUGGAGAGUCCACACUGCAGACUGUUAACUCUCAGUCUGUCUUACUGUUUGGUCUCAGAGGAAGGCUGUUCUUCUCUGGCCUCAGCUCUGAGCUCGUCCUGUCUGGCAGAGCUGGACCUGAGCUUCAAUCAUCCAGGAGAACAAGGAGAGAAACUACUGUCUGGUCUACAGAAGGAUCCACACUGCAGACUGGAGACACUGAGGCUCGACCAUGGUGGACGGCACCGACUAAAUACAGGUCCAAAUAAGUGUGAGUGUCUGAAUUUUUGAUUUGUGAGAGCUCAAUGAUGAAUUUGAUUAAUAAAUCAGGUAACAAUCUGAAAUAACAAGACUGUCUGAAUCCAUCUCUGUCUGAAAGUAUGAACAUCCACGUUCACAAUCACUGACAUUCAUCAAACAGAAACAUUUUUAGAGGUCUGAGGAGAGAGAAAUACUAUGGCUCAGUCCCUCAGAGGUUGAUUUAGACUCUUCUGUUUUCAUUUUGACAGACAAGGUCUUAAAAAUUCAUACUGUUUUACAAUCUGUCGUUUUAGUUUUCUCUAUUUAAAAUUGCUGAUACAAAAUAAUGAAAUAUGAUCUAGUUAAUAGCAUUCGAUUUAUAAAGCACCCUUUUAUAGCUAAUAAUUCAUACAAAAAACAGUCCUUGAGGUUCUGAAAAAUGGGUUUAGAUUUGAAAAUCUUGAUGAUUGUGGCGGGCUUUAUUCAGGGUCAGCUCACAGUGGAAGCAGGCUGACUCAGUCUCCACAUAUUCCUCUCCUUAGCCACAUUUUCCUGCUCCUCCUUGGGGAGGAGGUCGAGUGGAGAGAAGAGGUUGAAGUGACAGUGAGUUACAGAGGAAUCAGACGGAGAGGAGAUGAAAAUGUGUUUGGAUGUAAUAAUCAGUCCUGGAGUCUUUUCUGCUCUGGUCAUUGUUACAAUGUCCUUCACAAUAGCAGAGAAACAGUCAUCCCCUCCUCCUCUUCUUCAUCCUCUGGUAGAGUAGCGGUGUAUCUGGACCAUCCUGCUGGCUCUCUGUCCUUCUACAGAGUCUCCUCUGAUGGACUGAUCCACCUCCACACCUUCAACACCACAUUCACAGAACCGCUCUAUCCUGGGUUUGGGUUAUGGUCAGGUUCCUCAGUGUCUCUGUGUUCUCUGUAGCUCAGACUGAAUUCAAUGCUUAGGCCGACCACACACUACAUGAUUUUUAAAUCUGAAACGAUUUCCAAACCGUGUGAGACCACAGAUAUGAGGACAAUUUCAAAAGAAUUUUCAUCUUUACUCCUCUGAACGCACACACUAGACGUCUCAGCCAGACUGUCAGAUCACUGGAGACCACACACCUGCCGACCUGCCAACGGCCUCGGUGAUGACGUGACUUCAGGAAAAAACAAAACAAAAAAAACAAACAAACAUGGAUGUCUGUUGAUACCCUCUUGCUGUCCCUCCACAACAGGCUGCCCUGGCAUGGUUACAGGUGCAGCAAAAAUCAUAAAACAUGGAAGAGACUCGGGAUGAAAUCAUGGAUGGAAUUAAGUUAAAGUUGUGUUUACGGUUGUGAGCGGUGAAGAUACAAUACGUAUGAUCCGGCUGGACUCUACCCGGUGUGCUCACUCUCAUUAGUUGUUGUGAAUAUUCCGUCAGUGGCACUACGACCUAGAAUCGUACAUAGCAAACAUAUUUGAUAUUUACAAUUCGGGAUUUUGGAGGCUACGAUGUGAUUUGGAGCAGUAAAACAAUCGUGUUGACACCACACACACAAGGAUUAUUCAGGUAAACAGUCAUUUGCGAUGAGGCUCCUCUUGGGAUACGCCCCCGCGGUCGUCAGGGGGAGGCAAAUGUUGCCCCAAAUCUGGCUUAAAAAUCUUGAAGUGUGUGGCUGGCCUUAGUCAGGCUAUACACUAGAUGAUUCAUCAUCUCUGAUUAAUCUGGUGUAUUUUGUUCAAAGCUUGUCAGUAAUUCUUUAGUUUAUAGACUUGUAUUGGUGUGUAUAUCACUGUUUAACUGCUCAGCAGUAAUUUUUAUACUGUCAAGACCAAAAUUGCUCAUGUUAGUAUCGUUUCAGCAUAUAGUGUACAGUUGAUCCAACAUUGUUUUUAGGCCCAUUUGGAACCUUGUAGGUACGAAUGGGCUAAACAGCAAGGUCAGAGAGGAGUCUUCAGUUUUAGACAGAUAUUAGUGAAAAAACUAAAUAAAGUGAGAAGAAAUGUGUUCAACCACACAGACAAACUCAUCGCUGCUCCAGGAAACAGCAGGACAAUGGAAGCAGCAAUGUGAUGGCUGUACAGAAAGGUUGGAAAGUUUUUAGACCAUGUUCAAAGUCUGCAUCUCUUCUCCUCUCUCUGUCCACCAUGGUGCCUUAAUAACCAAUAAAUAGAUAUUUAGUGCCAUGGCUUGUUACAUUCAUGUUAACAAAUCAGCAUUUAAGCAUGUUAUAUAGCAAAGCUACGACAUACUGUGAGUUACUGUUGUCUGGUUGCCUCUGCUUAUGUUGUUAAUUUAGUUUGCUGUGUCCAUUUAUGUCCAGUACACUGCCUUAAACAAAAAAACAGUAUGACUGACAUUAAAAUCAAAGUCCAGCCACUGGGUUUCUAUGCAAUGAAGUUAUUAUUCUGAGUUUGUAGACUCCAUAGUCUGAGUUUUUCUUUGUUCUUAGUCCAUCAUCUUUGAAGUCACAUGUGUAGCCGUAUGUUUUUCAGCCAUAUGUUCUUUGUUCUAGUUGGCCAUUUUGAGAACCUCAGCUGCCUUCUCUCCCUCUUUUCUCUUUGUCUUACACUCAAACACAUACUUUUUAAAGCUUUGCUUUGUAAAUGGUUUUUGUUGUAUUUUAAUUUUAUAAUAGUUAUUAGUUUAAGUGACUGUUUAGUGUAGUGUAAACCCAGAGAGAAACUUCUGUUGAAUAUCUCAAUUCUCUCUAAAAUCUAUCCAUAUGUAGGCCAACACUUACAGUGUUACAAUUACAAAUACCUUAUAUGUUUUAUUAAUUUUGUUAUUAUGGUUUAACUACAUAGAAUUCAAUUUUGUGUUAUAAUAUUAUAGUUUUGUGUAACUGCUUAUACUUUCUAGUUUUAGCCUUAUAUAAACUAUAUUCAUUGGCAAUGUGAUCAUGUUAGUUAUUAAGAGUUAACCACAAUUAAGAUGAUUGAGUUAAUUAUUAUGUUUAGUCAUUUCUUGUUGUCUUUAUUUUCUACAUUCUCAUCCAUAUUAGUUACACCGUUUCUACAUUG